AUGGGGGAGCAGGAUGCGUUCGAGCCCGACUGGGCCGCAAUCACAGUGGACUGCCUGACUCGGAAGCUCAGGGCUACGGUGCGCGUGGAGGCCUUCGGGGAGGCGAAGCCACGUUUCGCGGAGCAGAGGGUGCAGCUGGAGCCCAGCGGCGACUUGCUGCCGUUGAUCCCCCGCACCCGCGCAGCGCUCUAUGAGGAUGGUGAUGUUGUCGACGCAGAAGAGCGGGCGCUGGUGGCGCACUGGUUGCAGCAGAAGCUUCAGCCACAGUUCGAUUUCCCGGUGGAGGUCACUGCUGAGAGCGCCUCCCACCACGGCAAGGUACUGCCGCGCUUCGCGGGGUGCGAAUGUUCGCCAGGGAAGAACUGGCAGCGCUUCUACAGCACCUUCCACAUCGAUCACAAGCAGAACUGCGCUACGAUGGAAGAGGGCGUGCAGGUGAACGUCUGGCUGAACCUUUCGGAGCGUCCCAUCUCAGACUUCCACCUGGGCUUCCUGGAGCAGCGCGGAGCCAUGCUGGCGGGAAAGGAUCUGCCGCACCUCACUCAGGAGGACCUGCAGGAGGUGGCGGUGCGUUACCAGGCGCUGCUGGGCAAAGACGAGGCGCUGAUCUUCCAGUCCACCGGCGCCAUGUCGGUGGCCCACGGAUCCUUCCGCUUCCAAAACGAGCAAAAGCUGACCCACGAGCCACGCUACUCCUUGGAGUUCCGACUUCUGCUCCGGCGAGUCUCCUGA